GUCACAGCGAGGAGUGAGAAGAGAGAGGAUGCCUCGUAAACCUAUGGAGAAUUUGAAAUUGCCAAGUCAUUGUGAUGCUCUGCCAUCGAUUUGAAAGGAUACAGAAAGCAACUGCUGGCUGAAAAUCAAAGCUGACAGGCAGCUUCACCGACAAGGUGACUUCUCGUUGUCCCUGUUUACUGUAUGUGUCCUGGAGGAGAGGAUAUCCAAUCUCUCACAGGCUGCAUCCCACCUAUAAUAGUUCAUGACACCAUAUGAAGCGAUGCUACUGCUGCAGGAGGAGAGGGGUAGCUCCUUCCAGAUACAGAUCUGUCUUUGUCUGAGACUUCAACUCUUGCAAAGAUGAGCCUGAUUAUGCAAAUGCAAGCUUGAAGUCUGCCAAAGGGAGGAGAGCAGAGGAGUACUGAAGAGAGUGACACCGGACAGAGCAGAGGAGGAAGGGGUGAAGCUCAUAAGCUUGACACAGAAAAGGGAUGAUAAAGCAUUUAGUCAUUCUUUGCCAUCAUACGUACAGAGUGGACAACUGGAAAUGGCCUAAUAAAUACGAAGGCCUGUGAAAUUUCGUGACAGACUUCCUCCCAGCUGCCUGUUGCUGGACUGUAAAGGAACAUCUACAACACUAUUAACGUGUGAACUAUUCUGCGGUUUUACCACUUACGGAGAAAUUGACUUGCCUGACGUGAUGACACUUCCUUAAGUUGACAGGAAAUAUGAUGGAGAAUCACAUUGAAUCAUCUUUACUUAUGGUUAGUGUUACUUAAUAUGGCAGAGUGGAUUUGCCCGGAGGUAGUUUUUAUGUGUUAACACAUCCUGUUUCUAAAAUAUAUCAAAGGCAAGUAAGAUUAGCCCAUCUCAGUCCGUCAUGGGUCAGUCUCAGCUCUAAAGAUGCAACAAGUCCUUGUUGGUGCCCUUGACCUGACUGAAAAAGAAAAUUAAGCCCUGAAGAUGACUAUGUCCUCUCCUGUGGGACCAGAAGGCAUCACUCUGGCUCAGCCCAUUCCCGUCCCAACACUGACUAUCCUGCCACCAUCCUCAGAUACAGAGUCCUGGUCUCGCUCACCUAGCCCCAGGCCAUCACGCUCUAGCCGCCACGGUCGAUCCCACCGCAGCAGGACCCGAACCAAGAAACGAAAUGAGGAAGAGCAAAGUUGCUCUCCCAAGAGACAAUGGGGUAAAACGCCGCAAAUUGUAAUAGAGGCGACUGCAGAGAAGGGCACCGCUCGACGUCGGAGCCCCUCGCCCUCACCCUCUGUGGCCAGUCAGAUGGAGGGGGAAGAGCAAGGUCAGGAUAUCCCCUCACAGGACCUCCUCCUGCCACCGUCUCGCUCCUGGUCUCGUAGUCCCUCUCCCAGCCGGCGCUCCCGUUGGUCCCUCAGGAGCCUGCUCAGCAGAGACUCUGACUGGGAGAGCUGCAGUACGGCCAGUAACUCUCCACGCAGCACCCCCGGCAGCUCUCCCUCCCUGCGGCGCAGGGUCCUUGGGGGUAGCAGGGCCAGUGAGAGCGAGGGAGGAGGAGAGAAGAGCAGUGCUGGAGGAGGAGGCGGAGGCGGAGGAGGAGGAGGCGGAGGAGGAGGUUCAGAUAGCCCCCUGCCCUCCGUACCCUCCGCCUCCUCCCUCACAUCCGCCUACCCACUUGCUACUCGCCACUUCAGCCGCAAUGCCAAGAAAAUGCAGAGCUGGUACAAUGUUCUCAGUCCUACAUACAAACAGCGGAAUGAGGAUUUUCGUAAACUCUUUAAGAAACUUCCUGACACAGAGCGACUUAUAGUGGACUACUCUUGCGCUCUGCAGAAGGACAUACUGCUUCAGGGCCGCCUUUAUCUGUCGGAGAAUUGCCUCUGUUUCUACAGUAACAUCUUCCGCUGGGAAACCACUAUCACUAUCCUGCUGAAAGACGUGACCUCUAUGACCAAGGAGAAGACUGCCAAGCUCAUCCCAAACGCCAUCCAGAUCAGCACUGACAAUGAGAAGCACUUCUUCACAUCUUUCGGAGCAAGGGAUCGCAGCUUCAUGAUGAUUUUCCGUCUGUGGCAGAACGCGCUGUUGGACAAGUCUCUAUCCCCCAAAGAGCUCUGGCACAUCGUACACCAGUGUUACGGCACUGAGCUGGGCCUCACUAGUGAAGACGACGACUAUGUCUCCCCCACCGCCGAACACAUGAACGGCUUACUGCAAGGAGACGAGUCAGUGUCGGUUACAGAUCUACUAGACCUGAGCUCAGUGUCGGUUCCCUCUACGGGCAGCUCUCCCCCUCCCCUGGUGCCCUGCGGUCUAGCCAGCUUUCCCUCAGCUACCAACCUCGUGGGCUCCUCUCCCCCUUCCUCCGCCUCCUGUCUGCCCAUCGAGGUGCCUUCGUCAUCUGGACGCAGACUCAGCUCUGACCCCCUCGAACCCAGCCCGCCCAGCUCCCACAGCUCGCUGCUGUCCACCACUCCCACCAAUGCCUCCGCCUCUGCCCCGGCCUCUGCUGCCUCCUUUAAUCUGGAAGACGGUGGGGACAGCCUGUUCGAGUCAGCCAAUCACAUGCUGCCCCCGCCAAGCACCAGUCUGGGAAACCUCUCCUCAUUGGACAUCACUAACGAUGAGGAGCUGCCCACAGACCCCAGCAACUCCUCUGACACGCAAGAAGAGAGUGAGGUGGAGUCGUUCUGUGCUGACCUGAACGGGCGGCGGCACAUCAACACCGUGCUCCGCAUGAGUGUAGACAAGCUGCACGACCUGCUCUUCUCUGCUGACACGAACUUCAUCCAGCACCUCUUCUCCCAGCGACACUUUACUGACCUAGCGGUGGGUGAAUGGCAGCAGGACAGCAGCAGUGGGAGUACCAGCCGUGUGCUCAGCUACACCAUCGCCCUCAACAACCCCCUUGGCCCCAAGACUGCCCCUGUGGUGGAGACGCAGACGUUGCAUAAGAACAGCGCCAAGGGUGAGUGCUUUGUGGUGGACUCGGAGGUCAUCACCUCAGGCAUCCCCUACCAGGACUACUUCUACACUGUCCACAGAUACUGCCUCACCUCCAUCAACAAGCACAAGAGUCGGCUCCGAGUUUCCUCAGCCAUCUGCUACAGGAAGCAGCCGUGGAGCCUGGUCAAAGCAUUGAUUGAAAAGAACACCUGGAGCGGCAUUGAGGAGUACUACAGACACAUGGAGAGUGAGGUGUGCAAGCUGGAGACGCUGCUGCAGACGGAGGUUACCGUUGUGACCGCGGGCGAAGCUGCGGGCGCAGACGCUGCCAAGACCCCCCCGGCCCUGCGCCGCCGCAAACGCACCUGCUCUCGACGGCAGGGCGAGAAGGAGAGAGAGAGGGAGGGAGGAGGAAUGGGCUCCGGGGACCGAGGGGACAGAGGAGUCGGAGAGGACAGGGACAGAAGAGAAACCAGUGCUCAGUAUAUAAAGCUGGGAGAGCGUUCACGCGGUGGAGGAGCCAACAGUAUAUCCACCAUCCUCCUCAUCGUCAGCUUCAUUCUGGUGGUGCUGGUGGCUCUCAACAUGCUGCUCUUCUACAAGCUGUACGCUCUGGAAAGAGCGGCCCAUACACUGGAGACAUGGCACUCCUAUUCUGUUGCUGACAGUCCUUUGCCCCAGACAGCUGGAGAGUGGGCGCAGGUCUUGCAGCUUCAGAGGCAGUUUCACCAGGCUCAGCUCAGCAAGUGGCAGCAGAUCCUGCAGUCCUCCGUCACGCUUCUCGACCAGAUGAAGCAGUCUUUAGAAAAGCUCCACCGGGGCAUCGUGGUCCCAGAGGUGCAGCAGGAUCCCCCUGAUGCUGAUGAUGAGACCCUCACAGAGUCCCUGACCGACGCCUGAGCCACCCCCCACCCCCUGACUGUCCACACCCUGGUGGACUGCUAGAGUAGAAAGAGAGAGUGGGGGGGGCUGGUCCACUUGGAUCAGCACACAGUUUGAUCUUCCCCUCAUUUUCCAAAUGGAAUACCAGGAGUGGGACGUGCAGGGGGUACUACGUUACCCACAACUCUCCUCUGCCUGACUGACUUGAAAUGGCGACGUUCGCCUUCAGCCUCAACUGAACUCAUUCAGACUGGAAGCUAUCAGGACCACAGCAAUAAAUCUACCUACAGCUGCAAGUCACCUGUAUGUAGUGAAUGGAAACAGGCCACUGGUGGGCCGACGCAGACCAUCCACUCCUCAAGAACCCUCAGAGACAUUUCAAAAUGGACAACCGCGUUUCAGAAUAACUUCAUUUCAGACCUCCUUAAUUUUCAGAACCCUCCCCCCCCAUUUUAUGACUAUCACCGACUCCUCUUCUGACGUGCAACAUUUCAAAGGGAUCUGUGAUUCUGGAACGUGGGACCUCUUCCUCCUAGUCCUGGGAACAGUUCGCCUCUAUAGUGAAAGCCUGCUGAAACAAAAAAAGGGGGGGGGGCACAAAAUGCUGUGACGGACAAAACACCCAGAAAGAGAGGGGAGAGUGAUGACGCCUCUCUCGCUCUUUCCGUCAGGGAUUUGUUCCUCCAUGUCCGAGCUGAAUCCCCCUCGAAGGCCGCCGAUUCCUCCACGAGAGAGGACGAGGAACAUUUCAACACCAGACACUUUAGUGUUCAGCUUUGUUUUCAGACGACGCACCUGAAGAUGAAUCUCAAACACCAAUCCCACUCCUCCCGGUCCUUACGGGGUUUUAACGUUUUUUUUCAAAAUCAUUGUGUUGGGUUGUUUAUUAGGACAACAAGCUGCGUCUGACUGACAGUAUUUAUUAUUACCGAUGACUUUUUGAUCUGAAGUCCUGUCCUGCUCUUAAGAAGUCAUUCGGUGGGUAUUUUGUUGCUCUGAUUUUGCUGUUGCAGUGCGGACCAAGAGGAGGAGCUACACGAGAACGAUUACUGGUCACAGCAAUAAUGACAAUAGUGAUGCUAGUACUUUUUGAAUGUUUCAAAGUAGUAUAUAAUAAUAAUAAUAAUAAUGAUGAUGAUGUGUGUGAAUGUGUGUAGAGGCAGUGAAACAAAAAACAAGCAGAGAAGAAUAUGACUUGACAGAUGUGUGCGUGCGUGUUCAUGAGGAGUCCUCAAUGUUUCAGAUGUUACAUUUUCAUAUUAGCAUUUCUUGAGUUUUUUUUUUUUUUUUUAGAUUUCUCUUUCACGUGUUGGUUGCUCACUCGCUCUUUGUAUCACAGAGCCAGACAUUAACAGACUUGAUCAGGUGGAAAGCCUAAAUACCACGACACAGUCGGCUACUUCGUUGUCCCACUGGGCCGGACGUUUCUAAAACAGAAGGACCAACCAGAAUUUUUUUGUAGGCCCAGGUGAAGAAAAAGGGAAUCUGUUUUGCAGUAUUGUUUUUGUUGUGUGUUUGUAAAAUUAAUUUGAUUCACUUUGUUCUCUUUUUAUUCAUUUUCUAUCUUUAUUAUCUUGUCGUUUAUUUUCCUCUCCGUCCACAACAUCUCGUUCAUCUGUUCUUCCUCUUUGUUCUUCUUCUUCUCACCGCUCAACCCCACUCUUCCUCUCUUUCCUCUGUGCUCUUCUCCUUCACCCGCACUCUCUCGAUCUCUCUCUGUUUCAAUGAUAAUGGCGGCUACAGAAGCAUGUGGGCCACGCUGUGCAUGGCCAUCCGCGGAUGACAGAAUGGUGUAAUAUUUAUUGAGGGAGGGAGGGGGUCUGGGGUAGAUUAAGGGAGAGAGAGAGAGAGAGACGGAUGAGGAACGGGAUGAUAAUGUACUGUAAAGAUGUGAUUGUACACCUCGCCAUGGAGAGAAAUGAAAAGUUCUAAAACAUGCAACAA